UCCCUUACCAUAACUCCCGCAAAAAUCUCCGCGCUCACCAGCUUUCCACUCAGGGCGUUGUCCACAACCUGCAACCGCCUUUAGACGACCAAUACUCCCUCUUAACGGAAGCAAAUUCUCGUACUCUCCAACCUUCCCCUUUUGAAAAUAUCUCCAAGGAGGAACAUCUCUGAACCCCUUCAAUCCCACUUUUUGUCAUCAUGAGCUCUCGUGGAGGUGGUCGCCAAUCAAUGUCCGAGCUGAAGCUCCGACGUUUAAUAGAGCACAAUCAACGGCUAAGGGAGGAUCUGGCUAGGCCGAGAGUACGCGUUAGCGAAGCCAGCGCUAGUCUGAUACGAUACUGCAAGACAACGAAAGAUCAUCUGGUUCCGUCAGUGUGGGGGCCAGUUGGGCGCGCCGAGGAUCCAUAUGGUCAGAAAACGGCUGGAAAAUGUUGCACCGUUCAGUGAUGCUCUCUCCCUCUUUUCCUCUCGCCUACCUCCACUCUCUCCGACAACCCACUUGUCGCAUCUCGAGCCCAGAUGUAAACGCCCAUCAAGAGGCGCCUUCCUCUCGCUAUUCCACGGUCUUUCAUUGGCAUGCUGUACCAUCAUCAUCACUUCACUCGUCAUUUCUCUUGUUAUUACUGGUUUCUCUUGUUAUUCCUAUUGGAGCCUUUUCUUUCUUCAAACUUCGUUAUCCCUAUUUCAGUUCUCUUCUUUUUCUCUUAUCUUUUCAUAUUCUUUUCUAUGAAAACAGAGAAGCGUUUGGAAUCUAA